AUGGAAUUGUGCGAAAAUCAAUUUCUGUAUGAAUGCGAUGAAAAUAAUGCUGAAGAAGCUGAUGAAGAAAUAAUAGUGGUGGUUCGCAAACAAUAUACAGUUCGUCCGCGUCCAGAUUUGUUCAACGAAUAUGAUAAUAUAGAAUUUUUAAGACGAUUUCGGUUUCGCAAACGUACUGUCCAAAUGAUAUUAAUUCUUAUUAAACAAAGAAUAAGAAGCAAGACUGACAGAAAUCAUGCUGUUUCGCCAUUGCACCAACUAUUACUUACAUUAAGAUUUUAUGCAACUGGAACCUAUCAAGUUGCAAUUGGUGAUUUGGGUGGAAUUCAUAAAUCCACCAUGUGCAGAAUAAUAAAAAAGGUUACAGAAGCAAUAGCAUCUUUACGUCCACAAUAUAUUUAUUGUCCUAAUUCCAAUCAGAGUCUAAGGCACACAAAAGAAGGCUUUUAUAACAUUGCUCGUUUUCCUAGAGUCAUAGGAGCCAUUGAUUGUACGCAUGUUAAAAUUCAAUCGCCAGGUGGAGAAGAGGCUGAAGUAUUCAGAAAUAGAAAAGGAAUAUUUAGUAUAAAUGUACAGGCUGUUUGUGACAGUGCUUUAAAAUUUUUAGACAUUGUAGCACGGUGGCCUGGAUCAACACGUGAUUCCACCAUUUUUAAUGCUAGCAGAAUACGUGCAAAAUUUAUUAAUGGCGAAAUGGGAGAUGCAUUACUACUUGGUGACAGUGGUUAUGCUUGCACAAAUUUUUUAUUGACUCCAUUGCUUGAAACGCAUACUCAAGCUGAAGAAUUAUAUAGUGAAUCCCAAAUACGAACACGAAAUGUCGUAGAAAGAAGUUUUGGAGUAUGGAAACGAAGAUUUGCUGCAUUGGCAUUUGGUUUAAGAAUAAAACCUUUAAAUGCACAAACUGUAAUAGUAGCUACCGCAGUACUGCACAACAUUGCACUAAACCAAGGAGAACCUGAUCCUCCAAUCGAUUUCGAUAUUAAAGCUGCACUUGAGGAAUUAGAAAAUCCAGAAGCACAUAAUAAUGGCAUUGAUAAUGCUAAUUCUUGUCCGUUAAAGUGA